AUGGGUUCCAUAGUCCCUCACCCCACGUCUAUCCGCGCCUCAUAAUAAAACUACUUCACUGAGUUGUUGGAGGUGUGAAUAAGACAGCAUGAACUUUACCCCGACACGCACCCCUGUCUGCAGAAACACUAGUCCCAGCAGGUGGAAAGAAAUGGCAGAUUUGGUGGCGUCGGCUCCCUUGCCGUCCAUCCAAGAGCGUCUGGCGGGCCUCCGCCCUUCCCAGGAGCUUCUGGGAUAUUACCAGAAGAAGAUGGCUGAGUGUGAGGCAGAAAAUGAGGAGCUCUUGAAGAAGCUGGAACUCUACAGAGAAGCUUGUGAAGUACAGCAUAAACUUGAAUGGGAUUUGCAGCAGAGGGAAGAAGAGAUUGCUGAAUUGCAGAAAGCACUAAGUGAUAUGCAGGUCUGCCUUUUCCAGGAACGGGAACACGUUUUACGCCUCUACUCAGAAAAUGACCGUCUGAGAAUCAGGGAACUUGAAGACAAGAAAAAGAUUCAGAAUCUCCUGGCUCUUGUGGGAACAGACACCAGAGAAGUGACCUACUUUUAUAAGGAGCCUCCCAAUAAGGUCACCAUUCUCCAAAGCACUCUCCAGGCUGCAGAUGCGCGUGAACCGAAUGAGUCCUCUGCUUCCAAAGCAGGUGCAAAAGUAAGCAAAAAAGGACCGUCAAUGAGAAAGAAGGAGAGCAAUGCUGAGCAGUACCAACAAGACACACAAGCACUUAUCCUACAAGUGGAAGCACUGCAGGCACAGCUGGAAGAGCAGACCAGGCUCUCCAGAGAGCAAGUCGAAGGGCUCAUGGAGGACAGGCGUGUUCGCAUUGAGGAAAUACAAGUUCAGCACCAGAGAAAUCAGGACAGAGUCAAAGAGCUAACCAAAAGUCUCCAUCAUACCCAAGAACUACUGUAUGAGAGCACCAAAGACUUUUUGCAACUGAAAUUUGAAAACCAAAAUAAAGAAAAGUCAUGGAUGCUGGAGAAGGAUCAUCUGAUGGCAGAGAUCAAGCAGUACAGGGUGCAGUAUAAGAAGAAAGAAGAUAAAGGUGGGAAAGUCUUCCCAGUUGCACGCGACGGGCAUCAUGCUCAAAAUGAGUAUAUUAAGUCCUUGAAGGAUAAGUUAGUACAAGAGAAGAAGCUGUCCAGCAUGUACCAAGAGCAGUGCAUCUCCUUAGAAGAAGAACUUGCCCGAAUCCGGGAGGAGGAGGGAGUGCAGAGAGAGAUCUUCAAGGGUCGUUCCAACAACAUGGGGAAGCGUUUACAGAUAAUGACAAAACGCUACGAGGCCUUGGAGCACCGACGUAACUUGGAAGUAGAAGGCUUUAAGACAGAUAUUAAGGUUCUUCGACAGAAACUGAAGGACUUGGAGCAAAUGCUGUACAAGGCAACAAUGAACGCUCAGGCAAACCAGGACCUUGCCAUUUUGUGUGAGGUCCGCAACAGCAAUAGGCGCACGCAAAAGAUACAAGGAGAACUGAAGAACCUCAAGUCCAAAGUGUUCGGUCUGGAAAAUGAACUUCGGUUCUGCUGAUAGGGACUUCCGGAGAGGUUGUCAGUGGUCUGUGCCCUCAGGAGGGUGGACCUAAAAUUGAAUAGAGUAGUGGGGUCCAUUUUUGUAAAGAUAGAGUGAAAAAUCAGAGUGCAAAGAAAGCCUUUCUUGCGCAGCCCUUUCCUCUGUAAUUUUCACUCCUGUUAACCUUCCUGGAGUGAGGAGAUGAUCGCCUGCAUUACUUUGAGUUUUCCUACAUUAUCUGUCCCAUUUGUAUUGACUGAUUUUGUUUUUGCUUUCUUAAGAAGGCAGUUUUUGAGUUUUUUGCUAUGAUUUUUGGUUGAGUUGGAAGAACUUUUCCUACAGGAUAAAGCUCUAAGGGCCAGGGAGAUAGCUCAGUAGAAUAAGUGCUUGCCUGACAAG